GACAAAAUUGUAGAGCAGUUUUUACUUAAAGAUAUCCGUCAUGUUAUAAAAAUUGCUUUGAAUGAGGAAAUACCUUUAGAAAACACCAUACUUCAACUUACUGAAAAAGACAGAAUUGCAGUAAUACCUCCAUUGAGUGGAGGAUAAAUUUCAUCAUGGAUCACCUGCAGCUUACGUAUGAUAAGCUCUCCACAGAUAAAAUAACUGAUCUUGUUUCAUCUUCUUCAUGUGGAGCAAUAUCCUUAUUUGUUGGCACUACUAGGGAUAAUUUUGAAGGUAAAACUGUUUUAAACUUGGAAUAUGAAGCGUAUCGAAGUAUGGCUUUGAAAGUUUUACAAGAAAUUUGUAAUGAUGCUAGAAAAAAGUGGCCUGCUGUAGAAAAUAUUGCUAUUUAUCAUAGAUUGGGAACUGUUCCUAUAAAAGAAGCCAGUAUUGUAAUAGGAAUAUCAUCACCUCACCGAACAGAAGCUCUGAAAGCUACAGAAUUUUGCAUUGAUAAUGUAAAAAAGUCAGUCCCUAUCUGGAAAAAGGAGAUAUAUGCUGAACAACCACCUCAAUGGAAGGAAAAUGUUGAAUGUGCGUGGUCUAGUAUAAAUAUUAUAUAAAAAUUUAGAUUUAUGUUUAAUGAUUGUCUUAAAGACUUUUAUGUUU